CAUAACGAAGCAUCCAUCCAUGCGAAAUGUGCAUAACUAGCUUCUGUUGGCCAAUACUGUCGUCAGUUAUCUACGGAUUCCAUAAGGAUAAGGUCAUCCUGGAAUUUUGGUGCGUUAUCUCUCCCAAAUCCCAUACGCUGGUUUCACCAGAAAUAUGUGUCGUUACAUAUGUCUUGGAGUUCUUUCGCACCCAAUGCCAUCUAAACCCAGCUCUCCAACUUACCGGGAUCAUGCACUCGUCCAAUCGAGUGCAGCUGGACUAUCACACGAAGGGGAUCCCGUCAAAAAAAUCGUAUGACAUCUCUCUGCCCGAGGCUUCUGCGAUGUAAUACUCCCGACCAAUCCAGUGGAUCCUUGUUUGAUCUUUCCACAAACCUUACCGUAUACCCUCUUAUCUUAACCUUUAUGUAGCACUCACACGCUGACAGCUCAAGUCCUCCUCCCCGGCCUCUCCUUUACCUUCCCUUUUCUCUCUCUUUCAACUCUUCUCUUUCUCUUUUACCUUUCUCCCAA